UUUUUCUUGAUGCGGAAGAGAACCCAUCACGAUGUAUUACGACUGAAGUUGCUCUAAAAUUAAACAUAAGUACCAGGUGAAAGGAGGGAGAAAACUGGGAUUACAGCUUUAUCUUUAGCGACAGAUCAAAGUUUGACCCACAAAUAAAAACCUGAUGGCCGGAAGUAAUUUACAGAAAGCUAUCAAUCUCGCCACCAAAGCUGCAGAGGAGGACAAAGCCAAAAACUAUGAAGAGGCCCUCAGAUAUUAUCAGAGUGCUGUGCAAUACUUCCUUCAUGUUAUCAAAUAUGAGGCCCAAGGUGAUCGAGCAGCACAGAGCAUCAGGGCCAAGUGUGCAGACUACCUGGACAGAGCCGAGCAGCUGAAGGAAUAUCUGAGGAAGAAGGAGAAGAGUCCUCCAGCCAAACCUGUCAAAGAGUCCCAGUCUGAUGACAAAGGUGAGGACAGUAGUGAAGGGGAGGACGCAGACAAAAAGAAGUUCCAAAAUCAACUCUCAGGUGCCAUUGUCAUGGAAAAACCAAACAUUAAGUGGGAUGAUGUAGCUGGACUUGAAGGAGCCAAAGAAGCUUUAAAAGAAGCUGUGAUCCUGCCCAUCAAAUUCCCUCAUCUGUUCACAGGAAAGCGAACUCCGUGGAGGGGAAUCCUUCUGUUUGGCCCUCCAGGAACAGGGAAAUCCUACCUGGCCAAGGCAGUGGCCACAGAAGCCAACAACUCCACCUUUUUCUCCAUUUCCUCCUCUGACCUUGUGUCCAAGUGGUUGGGGGAAAGUGAAAAGUUGGUGAAGAACCUGUUCACUUUAGCCAGGGAACACAAGCCAUCCAUCAUUUUCAUCGAUGAGAUCGACUCCCUCUGUGGCUCCAGGAGCGAGAACGAGAGUGAAGCAGCGCGCAGAAUCAAGACAGAGUUCCUCGUCCAGAUGCAGGGUGUUGGAAAUGAUAAUGAUGGGAUCCUGGUCCUGGGGGCCACAAAUAUACCAUGGACACUUGACUCAGCAAUCAGGAGAAGGUUUGAAAAGCGAAUCUACAUUCCUCUGCCUGAGGAGCAUGCGCGCUCCUUCAUGUUCAAGCUGCAUCUGGGCUCCACUCCUAAUAACCUGACAGAGGCAGACUUCAUCACUCUGGGCAAAAAGACAGAGGGCUACUCUGGAGCAGACGUCAGUAUUAUUGUUAGGGACGCCCUCAUGCAACCUGUCAGGAAGGUUCAGUCAGCCACUCACUUCAAAAAGGUCAGUGGGUCAUCAUGGAACAAUCCCAGCAUGGUGGUGGAGGACCUCCUGACUCCGUGUUCCCCAGAUGAUCCCAGUGCCAUACAGAUGACGUGGAUGGACGUUCCCGGGGAGAAACUUUUAGAGCCAGUCGUGAGCAUGGCUGACAUGUUGAGGUCACUGACAAACACCAAACCGACAGUGAAUGAACAGGACCUGGAGAAGCUGAAGAAGUUCACUGAGGAUUUUGGUCAAGAAGGCUAAUAAUGCUAAUUCUUUACUCAUAAACAGGAAUGUAACUAGGAACUAUUUUCGCCGUCAGUUAUGCUUUUGAUUAUUUGAUUAAUCUUUUGGUUUAUAAAGUGUCUAAAACUGGGAGGAAAGUCCAUCACAGGUCACUGGAGCCCAAAGUUCUUAGUUUCUGAGUCUGUUUAUUGGUCAAAAAUGUAAAAAAAAAAAAAAAAAAGUACAUUUUAGGCAGCAACAGAAAACAAGCAGUAUUGAGGGUUUUAAGAUGUAGUUACCGUAACAGCUAAUUAGGGCUGAAAGAUAUAAGAAAAAGUCAUAUUGAGAUUAUUUUGCCAGAUAUUAUGAGUGCAAUACUGUAUAUUUCCCAGUUUUAAAGGAAUGGUAAUUUUUGCAUCAUUUACACUGAAAAAAAUAUAUAUGCUGUAUAUUUAAAAACCACUGCAAUUCCAAUAAUGUUUUGAUGAAUUAUUCAGGAUUACAGCUAAUGUUUUUUUUGUUUUUACUUGAGACUUGACUAAUUAUUAAUCAAUAGUCAGAUUCUUAAUUGAUGACUUUUUGUUGAUUAACUAAUCAAAGAAUCAAUUUUAACACUAAUUAUCACUACUUUAUCCAUCUAGUGAGGCUCGUGGUUACAUGUGCACAUUUGUUAGGUUACUUAAUGGCUUUAUUUUGCAUGUCUCACGCUAUAGUGAUAACAAUCUUUUUUUUUUUUUUUUUGUAAGGAAACGUACCACUAUCACUGUUCCACAAUAUGUGAGUAGUUAGUGAUGUUUCAGUGGAUAAAUGCACAUUUUCAACACAUACCUCUUAAUAUAGAUAGUCUAAUGGGGGUUAUAUUUUGCUUAACAAAAUCAGUUUGGGUGAUGGGAUAAAUGGGAUUUAUACAAAUUACUAAAUAAUAAAAUACACAAGUUAUAAAAUGCAUGAAUUUUAUACACAUGCAACUUUUACUAUUUAUUUUUAUUUCACUACAGAAAAGAUUGUCAAUAUCAGCUUCAAUGGGCCCUUUGGGUUUGUAUUGAAUUACUAAGGUUAGUGUUUCUAAAUUCUGCCUUUGGCCAGAGAACUUAUUUAUAGGUUGUUUUCUACAGUAAUACAGUUUCAACUUUCAGAAUUUUGUAGUCACUUAUUGUACAUUCUGAGUCACAUAUAGAUCCUGUCAAUAUGUUCCAGUUGUGUUGACAUAUCUUUAUUUGAAAGUUUCUUGUGUGGUUUACAAAGGUGAUUUAUUGGUUGCAUAAAUAAAGUUUGUUAAGGUA